AUGCAGGUCAUAAAGCAAGGCGUGAACUGCAACCUCCAUGGCGUUGUGGAUAUGGGAAGUAAUGGUAUCCGGUUCUCAAUAUCUGAUCUUUCUCCGCCAACUGCCAGGAUAAUCCCAACGCUCUUCCAGGAUCGAGCGGGCAUCUCUUUGUAUGAUGCUCAACACGAGAAAGGCAGCGCAGAGAAACUCCCCAUCCCAGAGAAGGUUCAGAGCGAUGUUAUAUUAUCUUUGUUACGGUUUAAGCAAACAUGCAUCGAUUUUGGAGUCCCCAGCUCAAACAUUUAUGUUCUGGCCACGGAGGCCACUCGAACUGCACCAAACUCCGAGGAGUUUAGGAAUGCAGUGACUAGAGCUACAGGCUGGGAGAUCCAGAUGCUUUCGCGAGAAGAAGAGGGUAGGAUCGGAGCUUUAGGCAUCGCAAGCAGCCUGGGUAUUGUGGAGGGCGUAGUGAUGGAUCUGGGAGGGGGUAGCGUUCAGAUCACCUGGAUGUCCCCCAGAGGGCAAUCGAAACACCGUUUCAGCUUUCCAUAUGGCGCAGCAGCGCUGACUAAGAAGCUGGAAGAGGCCAAAAGAGAGGGAGAUGAGGCAGUGAAAAGGCUGGCUGAGGAGAUAACGACCAGUUUCCGGCAAGCAUACAAGGCUCUCGAGGUCCCGCAGGAAAUGAAGGACGAUGCAGAGAAAAACGGCGGUUUGGACCUGUACCUUAGCGGAGGUGGAUUCAGGGGUUGGGGCUAUCUUCUCAUGAGCCAGUCAGAAAUACACCCGUACCCGAUCUCAAUAAUCAACGGCUUUAAGGUGACCUUCCCGUCAUUCCAGAACACCGAUGCAAUUGAGGCGCUUGCAGCUGCUGAAGAGAUAGCACACAUAUUCCAUGUCUCUGACAGACGAAGAGCACAAGCCCCCGCCGUCGCAUUCCUCAUUAACGCCCUCGCCCACGCUCUCCCGAAGAUCAAAGACGUCCGAUUCUGUCAGGGAGGCGUGCGCGAAGGAUUCCUAUUCGACAAGCUGCCCCUUGCAAUCCGUCUUCAGAAUCCACUCGUCGUUGCGACGCUACCUUAUAGUAAAGAAUCGGCACCGUUAAUUAGCAACCUUCUCUCCCGCGCUCUACCUGACCCCUCAUCAAGCUCAACACCUGCAAAAUUCACCCCUCCCCCACUCUUCAAUGCCGAGUUCCUCUCCGCCAUUGCAAAUAUGAUGUACUCCCACUCCUCUUCGACCAAAGAAUCCCGCUCCGCCGCAGCGUUACAUUCCACGUCAACGGGAAUCCUCUGCGCUACGCACGGUUUAUCUCAUGUCAAUCGUGCUGCUCUCGCCCUCGUCCUAUAUGACAGUUGCGCCGGUGAUCUCUCAGAGCAACACAAAUCCUUCCUUCACCGUCUGCGCCGCAUCGUUUCCAUUCAAGAAGCCUGGUGGUGCCGGUAUGUCGGACGCCUGGCUGCAUUUGUUGGAAAUAUAUAUCCCGCUGGCACCAUCCCAGGACGGCGUCCACGGAUCGAUUUUGAAGUGCGUUGUGUGAAGACCGGUUUAGGGAGGAAGGGUAAACUUCCUGGGUUAGAAUUGACCGUCAAGAUUCCAAAGAGGAAUAAUGGCGGUGACGGCUGUAAUGGGGAUAUUGAGGGUUCGUUUGCGGAUAUGGAGUUUCUGAAGGAGUGUGUGAAGCGAAUUGAGAAGAUUGGGAAAAAGAAGCAUUGGCUUGUGGAAGAGGAAGGGCGUGAAUCCUGGGGUAUUAAGAUUGGUGUUGAGAUUGUGGAAGGAUUGUAA